AUGUUGUCAAACUUUCAAGUUGGAAAAAACAACGAAACUUUUCACUACUCUCCACAUACUUUCAAAAUUAGCCUCCAACCUGACACCAAAAUCAAAGUCAUUGAUAAUUUUGUUGGACCGGAACAUCAUUUUAAUUUUAGCCCUUUCAGUGAUAUUAUCGAGAACAAGCUUAAGCCCAAUCAGAUUGUUGAUAUCAUCGGUUUGGUUAUACAUGUAGGGACUGUCAUUCCAGGAUUUGCAAUGAAUAAGGCUAACAAAAGACGAAUCCUUCGUCUCGAAGAUGCUGAUGGUUUGCAAAUUGAUUGCACAUUAUGGGAUGCUUAUGUUGAUGCGUUUGAUCUCUUCCUUGAAAGAAUGGCCAAUGAUACCCCUGUUAUUAUCAUCAUCAAAUUUGGGAAAAUCAAAGGGUUCCACUCAAACACGAUAUCAUUUGGUACAGCUCUGUACGCAACAAAGGUGUAUAUCAAUGAGGCCAUUCCAGCUGUUCAUGAAUUCAAGGAAAGUUUAAAAGAAAAGGUUGGUAAUGACGAAGCAAAACUGAAGAUGGCUUCUGUCUCCACUCAAACUGUUGUCAGUUCUCCAGCAUCUUUCUUUGAUCCUUGUGUUAGGGUAACUUUGGACGAGCUUCCUCGAAUUACCAAGGAAAAGGAUAUUGAACAACAGCCGGUCACACCCGCAAGUUACACGGUUAUUGGUGAUAAUUCAAUUGGGCCAGCAACCAAGGAUGCUGGAUCAGUUACCGGUGACGGUGGCAGCAACAUGAAUCUAAAAAGUAUUGCAGACAGUCCGCCCGUGAAGCGUUUGUGUGUUGAUCUUGAAGAUGAUGACUCUGUUGAUGGGUCCUCUACCCGUGUUAAGCGAAAGCUUCCAGCGAAGGAUUAA